ACAGAGUCCAAACGCAUCGCAGAAGCAGCAGAGUGGACAUACAGCAGCGGCUCAAGAUCAGGACUUUGGAGAGCGCAGCGGAAAGAGCCAAACGCAGACAACCUUCUCCAGAGCACAUGUGUAAAGCGAUGUUACAACGGACCGGCCCCCAGCUGCUUCUCUUAAUAGCCCUGUGCAGUGUGUUGUACUCCCGGACUCUGAGUCUGCCAUACACAUCCAUGAGACCGACGAGACACGCAGACGGUCUGUUCACCAGCGGAUACAGCAAACUCCUGGGACAGCUUUCAGCGCGGAGGUACCUGGAGUCUCUGAUCGGAAAGCGGGUCAGUGAUGAGCUGAUGGAGGAGCCAGUGAAGCGUCACUCAGAUGCCAUCUUUACAGACAAUUACAGCCGCUUCCGCAAACAGAUGGCUGUCAAGAAAUACCUGAACUCAGUCUUAACAGGAAAGAGAAGCCUAGAAGAUCCUGGAACCAGCGACCCUGAGGAGUCCAGGGAUGAACCCAACACCUUCCAAGAGAACUACGAUGACAUCAAUGUAGAUCACCUCCUAAACAACUUUCAGCUGCCACUUUGAGGAGGGGCCUGUGCUCAAGUGAAUACCUCAACUCAUCCCCAUGAAACUGCCCAUUCCAAAAACAACACAAUAUUAAUCCAAAGGACAUUCAAAAGUCAAAUGAACCAACGAUGGUGUGUUCUCCAAUGUGAUUAUCUAUCUAUCCAUCCACACAGUACAUGUUUACACUGUAUAUAUACACUAUAUAUACACAAUACUAAUCACUAAUGAUUCUGGGCCGCACCGAGCAACAUGCAUGUCCAUGUGCAGUUUGGUCAGUCAGCGUUUGAGAAAGGCAACUGGCAACAGUAAAUAGAAACAGAAGUACCACAUUUACUUUCUUUCUCAGAUCAAUGUUGUUCCAUCAACCUUCAACGGAAACAUUUCUCCCCUCAUAAUUUUGUUUUAAUAAGGAACGAGUGUCUUGCUGAAUUUGAAUUAAAUUUGUCCCAUCUACUUUCAGUUAAACAUUUGACCCAUUGAAUGUCAAUAGAACAGCACUCACCUUCAAUAGUGAACCUUUUGUUUUCACUAUCAAAAGUUCCAUUAACUUUCAAUAGAGAACAUGUCUAGUUACUUUACAGUGUAAUGCCAGCACCAUUGGCUUUCAUUGAAUCACUGCUUUAUAGAAAUGUAAGUGGAGCAAACUGUACUGAACCUAGGCCAUUUACGUUUAAUAGAAUAAUAAAUAUAUAUCACAUUUUGUUUAAAGAUUAUUGUUGCAUAAUAUAAACCUUCAACUGAAAUACUUCCUUAAAUUAAUUAAUAAAUUUGAGUGAAUACAUUAACAUUAAAUUGACAUUUGACCUGUUAAACUUCAAUGGAACAGCCAUUGCAAUUACUUUCAAUAUAAAAGCUGUCCUAUUUAUUUUCAGUGGCUCCUGUGUCACUAGCAUUAAAUGAGUUUAUUUGAAGGGAACAUCUGUCUGAUUGACUGAACUCUCAUUUUACAUUAAUGUAUUAACUUUCAUUAGAGCAUUUGUCCAAUUAAUUCUUAAUGGGUGGUAGCACCAUUGGUGGAACCAUUCUGCCUAAUAAUUUUUUAAUGGAAACACUGACCUGCUAGAUUUGAGUAGAAUUUGUCUCCCUAACUUCCAUUUAAACAUCUGACCCACUGAACAUUAGUGGAACAGCAUUUUAAUAGAAUAACUUUCCCGUUGAAUUUUGGUGGAUCUGUUGUAACCUUAGCUUUGUCUGAUUAUGUUGUGUUAUGGAACAUGUGUGUGAUUGAGUGCUGUCUUAUUUUCACUAACCAACCAACCAUUAGAUUCCAAUAGAGCACUUACAAUUAAUCUUCAUUAGUUUUCAUUCUAAUCACUGCUUUGUAGAAUUUAAUUGGAAUAUUUGUCACAUUAUUUUCAAGACAACUGUUGUUCAGUGGAAAUAUUUACCUUAAAUAGUUCCAUCAUCUUUCAAUAGAGAACUCCAGCACCAUUGGCUUUCAGUAGAAUCACUGCUUUAUAGAAAAUCUAUUGUCACUGGAUAUAAUUACAAUGGAGCAUUUGAUUUUUUUUUUUUUCAUUAGAAUGAUAACAUUAAAUAGAUUUAUUGUUCUACUAUGAAUAAAUAAACUGGAACAAGUUUCAACAGAACAUCUGUUGCAUUAAAUUCAAAUUAGCAGUUGUCUCAUUCAUUUUCAGUGGUGCAAUCAUGAUCUAAAUGUUGAACAAGUUGUGUAGGAGAAUUUCAUGAUAAAACGGAAAUACAAGAGGAAGAGGAAGGGGAACACAUUUUGAAUGGACACAGAUGCAUAUAAUCACUUUAUACUAUUCAAUAUGUAGAGCAAAGAAGUUAUAACUGUGCAUAGACCUGCCUUUAGUGCAUAUAGUGAUGUACACCACUCACCAAAUAAAAGAUGUUGGUUUAUUUUUCAAAGCUGAGUUGUUUUGUCUGGCUGAUUGUUUGACAAUUAAAGUUUUGAGUUUGAUCAGUUUGGGUUUUUGAUAGAUAAUACAUACAGAACGUAAGCUGCCGAUGGUUGAAAUUUUUGCUAAAAAUUCUACAGGAUAUUGUAUUUACCCCAAAAUAUCAUUCCUUUUUGGGUGAAAAGCAGCAUAUAGAACUGUUGUAUGACUGGAAACCAAAUGAAUUAAAUUUUGGGUGCAUAGACCAUAAAUGGCAACGUAUAUUUACUCCAG